GUUUCGAUUCACUAUUUUAGAGGUCAAAAAUAUACAGGCUAAGUAUGCCCUGUUUUUUGUGGGGCUUUUCUUUUUGGUGUUUUAUUGAUUUUUCUGGACAUAGAAUAGGGAUGGGGAGGCUGUUAGAAAUUCUUUGUUCACUAAUCUGUGUUGCAGUUGUUCUUUCAUGGAAUAUCGCUUAGUGAUGAUCUUGAAAUUUCUGUUAAUUCUAAAACAAUAUGUCCUGAAACAUUUUUAAUAUGCUAGUAUCUCAUUCUCGUUGUAGGACAUAUUAUUUAUAUAUAAUCUAGACAAUUAAGUGGUUUACAUGGUUUCAGUGUAGUCAGUCCUAAACUAUGUUUUAUAUAUAAUAUAAAUAUAAGAAUACUUUUUCACUGUAGCCUAUAUAUUUUCAGUUCCUUUGCAUGUUCUUGAGGGUAUAAACAAAUAUUGGCUAAAUUAGGGCAGUUCUUAAUCUAUAUGUUGAUAAAAAUAGGUAAUGACGUCUAAAAAUGGCAACUCUUGUGACCUAGUGGUGGAUUGGUCCCAAACAUGUUUGUGGUUGUUGGUACCCUUAUUGAAAAUGAGACAAAUAUAAAUGAUGGUGGAGUGUGGAUUCAAGAUUUAUAGAAAAGUGUAAACGUAUUUGUGUUCUCCAAUGCCAUAAGAAAUGUCACAGAAAUAAAUGUCACUCCAGGGAACAUAAAAAAAUUUCAAAAUACGCUAUUUUAUUCUUCCAAGUGCUUUUCAUUCUUGGGGAGAGAAAUAUUGAGUGUCAUCUAUGCAGAUUUAGCAGAAAUAAGAUCCUGUGUAUAAUGGUUUCCACGGAACCGUGCAGUAUUAAGUUAGGACUCUAAGCGUCGCUGUUCACCAACCGGGCAAGGAAAGCAGUGAGAACUCGAGUUAUAUCCUCAAAGCACAAAGCACAACUUCCACCAAAGCUUUGCAGCUGCGCAGACAUUCUGUCCUAAAACGCUUCGCAUCUGAUCGCGGCUUGUUUAUGGACCUUGACCUCCAAUUCUGAGAAGCCCCAAAAUUGAUGCGAACCUGUUCACCCUACUCGUAAUCCCAGGGAAGUCCAGAACGAGCCAGUAAUGGCGGCUCUGCAAAAGCGGCGGCACUACAGCGUAUUUGUCCUGCUCUUCAUGCUCCUGGGGACGCUGUGGGAGGCCGGGGCCGGGCAGAUCCAUUACUCCAUUCCUGAGGAGCUGGACAAAGUCUCUUUCGUGGGCAACAUUGCCAAGGAUCUCGGGCUGGAGCCCCGGGAGCUGGCGGAGCGCGGAGUCCGCAUCGUCCACAGAGGUAGGACGCAGCUUUUCGCUCUGAACCCGCAAAGCGGCAGUUUGGUCACCGCGGGCAGGAUAGACCGGGAGGAGCUCUGCGCUCAGAGCGAGCCGUGUCUGGUGAGUUUUAACAUCCUUGUUGAGGAUAAAUUGAAUCUUUAUCCCGUGGAAGUGGAAAUAGUGGACAUUAACGACAAUGCACCCCGAUUCUUAAGGGAAGAAUUGGAAGUGAAAAUUAUCGAAAACGCAGCCUUAUCUUCUCGGUUUCCGCUAAUGGAGGUCUAUGACCCGGAUGUGGGAGUGAACUCUCUCCAGGGCUUCAAGCUCAGCGGGAAUAGUCACUUCUCAGUGGACGUGCCAAGCGAAGCCAAUGGGCCCAAAUACCCGGAGCUUGUGCUGGAGCGCGCCCUGGACCGGGAGACAGAGGCCAUUCACCGCCUGGUCCUUACUGCCAUGGAUGGCGGUGACCCUGUCCGCUCAGGCGUGGCUCGAAUUCUGGUUACUGUCCUAGAUGCAAAUGACAACGCUCCAGUGUUUACUCAGUCUGUGUACCGUGUGAGUGUUCCUGAAAAUCUUCCAGUAGGUACGCCAGUGUUGUCGGUAAAUGCCAGGGACCAGGAUGAAGGAGCCCACGCGGAAGUAACGUAUUCUUUCGUGAGGAUAACAGAAAAGAUCUCAAAGACUUUCUGCUUGAAUGUUUUGACUGGAGACAUAUCAACUUCUGCAAAUCUAGACUAUGAAGACUCCAGCUUUUAUGAGCUGGAUGUUGAAGCCCGGGAUCGGCCAGGUCUACAAGACAGAGCCAAAGUCUUAAUAUCUAUCUUGGAUGUGAAUGACAAUGUACCAGAAGUGGUAGUUACCUCUGGAAGCAGGUCAGUUGCUGAAAGUACACUGCCAGGCACAGUGAUUUUUCUUUUUCAAGUAUAUGAUCGAGACUCUGGACUGAAUGGCCUGGUAACAUGUUCUAUCUCAAGAAGUCUGCCGUUUGAACUGGAAAAAUCAGUAGACAAUUAUUAUCGAUUAGUGACGAAUACAGUUCUAGAUCGAGAGCAGGUGUCUUCGUACAACAUCACUGUGACAGCCACAGACAAAGGAAUUCCAUCUCUGUCUACAGAAAUGCUCAUCUCCCUAAAUGUGGCAGACAUCAAUGACAACCCGCCUGUCUUUCCCCACACCUCCUACUCUGUCUAUGUUCCUGAGAACAACCCCAGAGGUGCCUCCAUCUUCUCAGUGACUGCACACGACCCUGACAGCCAUGAGAAUGCACAGGUCACCUACUCCCUAGCUGAAGACACCAUCCAGGGGGGACCUCUAUCCUCCUAUGUUUCCAUCAACUCCAAUACUGGAGUCCUGUAUGCAUUGCGCUCCUUCGACUAUGAGCAGUUUCAUGACCUGCAAUUGAGAGUGACUGCAAGUGACAGCGGGGACCCGCCGCUCAGCAGCAACGUGUCUCUGAGCAUAUUCGUGCUGGACCAGAACGACAACACACCUGAGAUUCUGUACCCUGCCCUCCCCACUGACGGUUCUACUGGUGUGGAGCUGGCACCCCGCUCUGCAGAGCCCGGAUACCUGGUGACCAAGGUGGUGGCUGUGGACAGAGACUCGGGCCAGAACGCCUGGCUGUCCUACCACCUGCUCAAGGCCAGUGAGCCAGGGCUCUUCGCGGUGGGGCUGCACACGGGCGAGGUGCGCACAGCGCGGGCCCUGCUGGACAGAGACGCGCUCAAGCAGAGCCUGGUGGUGGCCGUCCAGGACCACGGCCAGCCCCCUCUCUCCGCCACAGUCACUCUCACAGUGGCUGUGGCUGACAGCCUCCCAGAUGUCCUGGCCGACUUGGGCAGCCUGGAGGUCCCGCACGACUCUGACGCUUCAGGCCUGACAUUGUACCUGGUGGUGGCGGUGGCCGCGGUCUCCUGCGUCUUUCUUGCCUUUGUCAUUGUGCUGCUGGCGCUCAGACUGCGGCGCUGGCAGAGAUCACACGUGCUGCAAGCUUCGGGAGGUGUACCAGCGGGCUUACCUGCCUCUCACUUUGUGGGUGUGGACGGGGUGCGGGCUUUUCUGCAGACCUAUUCCCACGAGGUCUCGCUCACCGCGGACUCGCGGAGUCACGUGAUCUUUCCGCAGCCCAACUACGCGGACACGCUCAUCAGCCAGGAGAGCUGUGAGAAAAGCGAGCCUCUUUUGAUUCAGGAAGAUUUUUGUAAAGAGCAAGACUCCCUUGUUCAGGUGAGGUUAUUGCUUUUAUUGUUCUUAUUCGAACAGGAAAAAUUAGAAUUCUCUUUGAUCAGUGCUUAGUUUUCUUAGUCUUUUGCAGUGAAUCAUAUAGUUUUGAGAAGGUUUUUCUUUUAUAUCAGUAGAGGUCUAUUAAAUCUUAGUUUUCUCGAAUUUCACCAAAAUAAAUCGUAAUAAUGUAUGCCCUGAAUUUCCUUUACUCCUCUCCUCUUGGCAAGCUCUUUGUGCCUUGGGUUGCUUACAUCUCACUUCUUAGUUGUUUUCUUUUCUUUUUUUUCUAUCAUGUGGCAUA